AUGAUUGAAUUAUUACUCCUCCUCUAUAUCGUAGUCUAUUGUCCUUUAAUAAUCUACGUUUAUUCAUCCUUAUUAAAGAAAUAUGAAGAUCCUAAAUAUCACAGAUCAGAUAUUCCAGAAAAGUUUUAGCCAUUUAGAAGAAGAGAUUAUAAAAAUUGGAACAAAUUAGAGAUCUAUUUUGGUGCCAUUUUCUUAUUACCACUUAGAUUAAUAUUUGUAUUAGGAUCGCUAUUUGCUUUUGCAUUUGUUUUUUUUGUUACAACAAAAGGUUCAUAAAUUGUCAUAUAAUUUAUAAUAGACUUUAAACUAGAAAAUCCAUGGCCUGCUAAUAGAUAUAAGUUUUUGAGAUAACCACUUUAAUUUUUGGCUAGAGCUUACUUAUUUUUUUCAGGUUUUUACCAAAUAAAACAAAGAGUAGUGAAGUAAGAAUUAUAGAUCAAUUUAGAUAUUCUGAUUAUGAUUAAGCCUAUGUUUAAACCUAAAUUAAUGUUCUAAGUUAACCAUCAAUAAUUGUAUCAAAUCAUGUUAGCUGGUAUGACACAAUUACCUACGUUUUUAAAUAUUUGCCAUCAUUUGUUUCUAAAGACACAGUUAAAGAUUACCCAGUUUUUGGUUGGAUUACAACAAAUCUCAAAAGCAUAUUUGUUGAAAGGGAAAAUGCAAAUAAUAGAAAAUAAGUGAUGUUAGACAUUUUGAAUAGAGUAAAUUUGAUAAAUUAAGGACAUCUAUUUCCUCCAGUGUUGAUUUUUCCAGAAGGAACAACUUCUAAUGGAAAUUAUAUUUUAUCAUUCAAGAAAGGUGCAUUUGAACCAUUACAACCAAUAAAAAUAUGUUGUUUAAAGUAUUCUCCAAGAAGGUUUAGUGUAGCAAUGGAUUGUAUAGGCAUUUAUGGUACUAUGAUUUUCUAAUUUAGCAACCACAUUAUUGUCUUUGGUUUAGUGGAAAAAUGAAUUAGAAAUAAUUGAAUUUGAAGGGCUUUAUGAUCCUACUUAUUUAAAGUUGGAAUAGUAUCCUGAAGAGAAAAGAGUAAAUAAUUUUAUUAAAUUUUUAGUGGGAAAUAUAUGCUGAUAAAGUGAAGGAUAUAAUGAGCAAAUGUCUAGGACUUGAAAAAUCUAACUCAGGGUUUAGAGAAGAACAUGAUUAUGAAGUUGAAAUUUUAGGAGAAAAGAAAAAAAAAUAAACCUAAAAUAAUAUGAAAUAGUAAAAUUAAGAAGAUGAUAAAUAGAAAGUUGAAUGA